AUGAGUGAUAGCGACUCUGAUGACUUUUUCUUUAAUCAGAAUAUCACAGAUGAGGAAAACGAAAUAGAGAAAGAAGUCGAUAUUAGCAUCCAUGCCUCUAAUCUGCCGUCAUUGGAAACGUUGAAGAAUGAUAGAAAAAGACCACAUAAGAACGGUAUUUCCCUGGCACUGGAAUCCGAAGAACCGGCAAAAAAAUUGACCAGACAGUCAGGCUCAUCUAAAUCAUCAGACAAAAACGAUAUCAGCGAUGACGCUGAAUCAAGCUAUGAAAACUCUGUGAUAUCGGAAUCAGAUGACUCCAUUCAUAGUGAAUUGGAAAGAUUCAAAGAAGACCAAACACCAUCAAUCAAUACACAGGAUGAAAUGUUUGAUUUUUUAAAGGAAGUCACUAGUAAUGCGAAGAAUCACGCCGAUACUCACAAUAAUGGGAAGGUAACCAAGCGGAUUUACAACAUUAACUUUAUAUCUACUUUAGAAGGAUCACAGGACAAAAGAGUAAAUGUUAAAGUAACAGGAAACAAAACUUUUGAAAGUAUUCUACCAAUAACAAUACGAACGUUUAUCCAAUCUUACAAGAUACCAAGAAGGUUGAGGAUCUUCUAUACACCGGCUGAACUAGUAUUAUUUCGGGCAGGAGUGGAGGUGCUACCAUUUUCCAACUGUGACAGUUUACGUAUACCUAAAACAGUGAGCGAGUAUGAAACUACAGUGGAUUUAGUUAUAGUUCAUUCUGCUGAUGCCAAUAACUACAAGACGGAAUAUAAGAGAAUUCGGGAAUCGAGAUUACAAUCCUUCUUGGAUGAAAGCAACAUAGAAGAGCAGGACCCACUCGAACAACCGGCUAGGGAUGAGAAAUUCAAGCUAUUUGAGAAAGAGCUUGAAAGUGCGCCAAAGCUCGCGGAGAGAACAGAUGAUGUAAUUGAUCUUCUUGAUUCUGAUAUUGAAUCAUCAAAUUCUAUUCGGUUAACCUUAAUUGAUAAGGCAAACAAGCGAACAUCAAUUUCAGUUUGGCCUAAUACAACUUUUACGGAGAUAGCGAACAGAUACAAGACUAUUUCCAGCCUUUCAGAAGAUGCAAAUGUGUUAUUAAUAUUUGAUAAUGAAGAACUCAACCCAGCAGCCACCGUUUUAAGUGAAGGCCUUGAAGAAGAUGAUAUUCUUGAAAUAAAAAUAUCGUAA